AUGGACACAUUAGUUGAAUACAAGAAGUCGGUACAGAAACAACUGGAAAGUAACGAGUUACUAGUGGCGAAGUUAGUCCAUGAGAAUACAUUGUUGACACAACAAUUAGAAGGCAAGACUCAGCAAUUAGAACUUUUGCAAGACGAGUUGAAAAAACUUAAGGAGACACGAGUGUCCUUGCAAAAGGAGCUGGAUACACACCAAGAUGAAGUAGAAGUACUCAGGGACCUUUUCGAGCACCUAUGUGGAGUGCGUGUACAUAAAUCUUACGAGGACGACACAGGUCUGUGGUUUGAUGCAUCCCAAGGUACCCGUAGUGGAAUCAUGGACUACAAGCUGGGGUUUGUGAAAGGUGAGGCAGAAGAAACUGAAGUGGUGUAUGUACCGUUGUUGAAGCAGCGGUCUGCGCAAGAGCUCACAGUUUUGCAGCAACAGCUACCUUCAUAUUUGUUCGAUACACUAAGUUUCCCACUUAAAUCUUUGAAUCAAUUUUAUAAUAAAGUUGCCAAAUGUCUCAAUAAGAAAAGUAAAUAG